GCAAUGUUGUCCUUUGACAGGCACUUCACUGACCAAUAAUACAUUGGAGGUAGGACAUCAGUGCAAAACCCGCCCUAGUAAUGAGCCCCUGCAUCUUUGCCUGCGAAACCCCGUGGCACCGUUGUGUGUCAGACAGUUUCGCUGGGACCCGCGAUCUAUGCCGGCGAGGAGGGGGAUGGGCACCACUGCGAAUGUUAGGACCCGAGACAGAAUCAUAGCCCUGUACUACUACCACAUAGAGCUGCAUAUACCCCUUUAUAAAUAUCGAUUGUAAAUAAUAUACAACACCAUAAUAAACGGAUUAAACCACCCUGGAUUCAACAUAUACACUCGAUGGAAAUACGGUGCCCAAGCAGGAUAGGGAAUUAAACGUUCAACCUUUACGUGGGGGAGAUUUAGAAGUUUGUUUCCUACCCCAGAAGAGGGAGAUACCAAGGGGGGCAAAGGAUACAGGAGACUCCGAGGCCGAGUUGGAGGCCUGGUUCGAUUUGAUGUUGGAAUACUCGAAGAUCUGCAGACAACACAGGAGGAUACUUAGUUCGUACUGGGUUGGAAUGUCUCACUAGGUCUCCCCAUGUCCGUGAGCCGUCGGCUGCGGCUUUGCGGCACCCCACCCCUAGAGUGGUCUGUCGUUGCAGUUCGGACCCCGUGAUCACCCUCUCCCGUCCCGUUCCCCCCCUCCCCUUCCCCCCCUCCUCUUCCCUCCCCCCGUUCCCCUCCUCAUCACUGCAGGACGUCAUGAGCAUAGUAAUCGCGCUGGGAGUCACCACACCAGAAACGUCCUACUCAGAUAUGGCUGCUGGAUCAGACCCUGAGUCAGUGGAAGCAAGUCCUGCCGUGAACGAGAAAAACUACCCCAACCACAACUGUGGGAGUGCACACAGUCAUGGGUAUCGAGGACUGCCAUAUACUAUGCAACAGUCUUCCGUUGUGUGUUGUCAGGAUCACAACUAUGGUGCGCCCCCUCCCCCCACCCCACCCGCCUCCCCGCUCUCCCAAACCAUCAUUCCUCGCAUGGAGCUCAACCCCGCCUCCCGCUACCAUGACAAUGCCACCAAUGGCGGCCAGGAGGAGAACUCUGCCGACAGCGAAAGCUCGUCGGAGGAGGACGGGGCUGUGGCCAGCUGGUGCCACUGCAGCCUGACGCAGGACGGCUUCCUCAUCAAGUGCGAGAGCUGCAGGGGGCUGGACAGGAGGAAAGGACUGUAUGGCCAACGCAGGAAACCAGAAAAUGUAUCAGUGGGCGAGAGCAGUGCCACGGAGAGCGGCGACGAGGAGGUGUCGCCCGCCACGGUGUCCUACACGGCCACACAGCACACGCCCACCAGCAUCACGCUCACUGUCAACCGCGUCAAGCGGAACAAGUCCAAGAAGAGGAAGAAGAGCACGGAGAAGGCCCGCGGAACGCCCAAGGGCAAGAAGAUCAAGGCCUUCAGAGAGGGUUCUAGAAAGUCCAUGAGGAUGAAGAACUCCACGACGGAGGCCAGCGCGGUGGACGAGACUACAGCGGAGGGCUGGGAGAGCCGCAUCCGCCAGUGGACGGACCAGUACGAGGAGGCUACAGCCAACCAGUACAGCGCCGAUGUCCAGAUGCUGCUCCAGCUGCACCGUGCCGUUACCACCGAGGGCGUGGCGAGUGAGACUACCUCACCGGCCCAGGUCACCGCCUCGGCGGACGCCAUGGACACAAUUAACCGUACAGAGCUGGCGUGCAACAAUACGGUGCUGGGCUCUCAGAUGCAGUUACAGCUGGGGCGGGUGACGCGUGUGCAGAACCACAGGAAGGUCCUGCGGGCGGCAAGGGAUCUAGAGCCAGACACCCUGAUCAUCGAGUACCGGGGCAAGGUCAUGCUGAAACAGCAGUUUGAGGUCAACGGACACUUCUUCAAAAAGCCCUACCCCUUUGUGCUGUUCUAUUCCAAAUUCAACGAGGUGGAGAUGUGCGUGGACGCGCGGACGUUUGGGAAUGAUGCACGCUUCAUCCGGAGGUCCUGCACGCCCAACGCAGAGGUUCGGCAUAUGAUCGCCGAGGGCAUGAUCCACCUCUGUGUCUACGCUGUCACGCAGAUCCCCAGAGAAGCAGAGGUCACCAUCGGCUUUGACUAUGACUUCAAUAGCUGUAACUAUAAGGUGGACUGUGCCUGCCACAAGGACAACCAGCAGAACUGCCCUGUGCAGAAGCAUAACCUGAACCCRCGCGAGACCCUAGGCUGCCCCGGCACGGGGUCGCUGCCCCCACCCUCCCAGCUCCCAGGGCACACGGGGGCAGAGACGCGGCGGCGGAAGGCCCGGCGGAGAGAGAUAGAAGGGUCAGGUGGCGGCCCAGGACCGGGCGGGAUGUCGGACGACAGUAACCAGCCGCCCGAGGAGAGUGGUGAGGUCCGGGAGACGCUGCAGGGCAACGGCAGCCUGGGCAACAGCGAUGUUGAGGAGGGCCUCCUCAAGCAGGAGGAAGGAGAGGAGGGCGAGCUGGACCAGAACGGAGUCCUCAUCUCCAGUAGACAGAAGAGGACGUCUACCACAGAGGGCAUAGAUGAGCCCAAACAGGAGGGCCUGGAGUGCGAGGAGUGGAGCAGAGGGAAUCCCACGGGGAGUAACCCCACACCCCACCAAGCAGGGCUGGGGAUAAGCACCCGUCGUGCAACUUACGCCACUAAUCUCCCUCUCGGUCUCCAGGAACCCUCCUCAGCAGCCGACGCAGACAAGACCCAGACGUCCGCCGCUCCCCUCCCGGCCCCCCUUGCUCCCCCCAAGCCUCCCCCGGCCCGCUCCUCCAAGCCCCGGCCUAAGAGCCGUAUCUCGCGCUACCGCUCCAGCUCGUCACAGCGUGCCCGGCGCCAGCGGCAGGCCCUGGCCCAGCAGCAGGCGGCCCUGGAGCAGGGGGCGGCGGCUGAGAUGCAGGAGAGCCCCCUGGGGGCCCCUGGUUCAGAGCUGGGCCUGGUGGACGGAGCACUGGGAGUUGGGCAGGUCUUAGACGGAGAAGGCCUGAGUGCUCUGAACAAGGGCAACCUGCCCAAGACCAAGAAGUAUCUGGUGACAGAGUGGCUGAAUGACAAGGUGCUGGACAAGGCAGCCCAGCAGGAGGUGCCCACGGUGGAGCGGCAGCUGCGCAUCACCACCGACCCCACGGUGCUGGCCACCACCCUCAACAUGCUGCCGGGCCUGACGGCCUCGCCGCUCAUCUGCACAGCGCCCAAGCACUACGUGCGCUUUGGCUCGCCCUUCAACCCCGAGCGCCGGCGCCGGCCCGUCAGCGUGGACGCAGCCUACGGCUCCUUCAAGAAGAGAUGGAUCCAACAGGCCCAGUGCGAGAGUGGGCCGUGCUCGGGAGGCCUGGAGGACGGCACCGAGUCCACCUCCUCUCACCAAAGUAACAGCAGCAGCUCCACCCCCAACCCUUUCAAAGCAGAACUGGCGGCACCCCCCAAGAAGCGGCGGUCCAUUUACGGCCCGGAGUCGGAGGCGGCUCCACCACUUCCCGGCUCAGAAGAACACAGUCUGCUACUGCGGCCCCUGUCACCCAUCACGCCCCCAUUGCCCUCAGACCACCCCCUACUCAGCCCCGCCUCCUACGCCGCCCCCGCGCUGCUGGGUCGUUACGGCGACGAGGAGCACCGGCUGUCCAAUGGUUAUUCACCGCUGCCCUCGCUGCCCACCAGCCGCUGCAACACGCCGCUGCAGUUUGAGAACAUAUCGUCUCCAGAGGCCUCUCCUGUGCACAGGCCGGAGUCCAUCUCUCCAGAGCCGUGCCUGCGGCCAGACUUUGACGCCCAGUGCUGCGCCCUGCAGUUUCCAGACCUCUCCCUGUCCUCGGGCCUGGAGAGCCCCGUGCCCGCCAUGUCGGAUGACUUCACUCUCCUCUCGGCAACGGGGCCUCCUCCCGACACACAGGGGCCGCUUACCCCCUUGGCACCGGGUACCCCGUCCGAGUCGGCCCAGCAGGCCAGAGAGCAGAGCUUCAGGACGGAGUUCAACCUCAUCUACACCUGCUCCCCGCUCAACGCCAACCUGGGAAACCUCGCCCCCGCUGCCCCCACCGACAGGCGCAUCAGCCAAUCAGAGGGAAGCUAUUCCCCGGCCGAGUCCUUCUACAGCACCGUGAGUGGCCAGGGGAUCCUGGCGGAGGCGGGGUCUGACUCGCUGUCGCCCUACGGCGAGCCGCACUAUGGCGGCAGCUACCCGGAUGGCGGCACGCCACCCCACCACACCAGCAACCCACCACAGAAGAAGAAGAGGGCCAUCCUGCAAACCAUUAGUCUGCUGACAGGACAGCCAGAUUACCAGGCUAUAGCAGUAAGACGUGAAUACAAGACAGUACAAAAUAUGGUGUCUCUGCUGGAGUACCGUAAGAGGAAGCAGGGGAGCAGCAGGGACCCUGAGCACGGGGGCAGCUCCCUGGGCACCCCCACCCGCCUCGGCUCCGUCUGUGCCAGCGCCGAGUCCCCCAGAGGCCCCCAUUCCCUCCACUUGCAGCCCUCGUCCUCCCCCCACAGCUCCUUCUCCUCCCCCACCCACUCCUCCAUCCCCCAGAUAGAGGAGGUGAGCCCCCCAGAUAACCACCACCACACCACCACCUCCCACGCCCUGGGACCACCACAGCAACAGCAGCCCAGGGAUCAGGAAGGCACCAGCCAAUGGAUGGUGCCCACGACAGUAGAGCGGCUGAGGGAGGGCCAGGGCGUCUUAGAGCGGGUACUGAGGGGCUCCCUCAAGAUGGACCGCAUGCUGAAGAGGACGGAUGGCUCGGCUGCUGACAAGGACCUUGAUGCAGACCGGUAUGAGAUGCAGACAGUUCCCCUGGCCUCUCCCAUGAAGAGCCCACAGAGAUACAGCCCGUCUGUCUACACUCACCAGGUGCAGCCCCCCUUAUCGGAGAGCCAACAUCAGACAGUGGACAGUCCGACCUUCCUUCAGCAGAGCGCGUCCUCUCCAUUCCAUGGCUCCUACAGCCCCUCGGCCCCCCUUCCCUCAGUUCAGGGCUUCUACCCUCGCCUGUCUCAAGACCACUCGCAGCAUCAUCCACAACAGCCCCUCAACUCCCCAUCCUCCUUCCCCAACCAGACCACCUCCUCUGCAGACUCAGCCCUAUGUGGGGCUUCCAGACCACCGGGAGGCGCUCUGCACCAGUCGAGCGGCAGCAGCAGUAUGGACGGGUCCCACACGUACAGCGCCGGGAGUCAGCUAAAAGCCAGCCUCUUGAACAGCGGGUUGUCAGGGUCUCCUACCCCUGUCUCCAGGGCUCACGGCAACCCUAAAACAGACUUGGGCGCCAGUGUGGCGGGGAACCACACCUCCAGACUGAGCCAGCAGCUGGCGUCCCGGGGCCUGAAACCAGGCAGCCCCGGGCAGACGGUGCUGCAGGCCGGCUCCAGGCUCCUGGCGGCCACCGCCGGCCAACACUACCCGCAACGCGGGGCACCACUCAGUCCGUUCCAGCACCCCCCCAUACAGGGGCCGGGAGUAAGGACACAGUCAGGAAGCUUUUAGGAUGUUGUGUUUGUGUGUGUGUUUUUGCGUGAGAGUGAGUGAAAUGGUGUACCUCCUCUCCUAAACCCUCUGGAGAAACUAGGCUUGGGGAUAUGUACAGACCUCCGAGGAGCCACGACUCUGCUUCUUGUAUGCUUCUUGUAUUUCUCCAUAUUUUCUGUCUUUCUUUUUGCGGAAAACAAUUUACUGUGUUCUGCAUCUAGCUAAUCGAGGAACUUCAACACCCUCAAGGAAUCAAUGGAAAAAGAGGAAGAAAAUACAUGUUCAACAAAAAAGAGAAAUCAUUUGUAAUUUGAAAUUACCCUGACAUGAACAGACUGUGUAAAACAGGCUAAGUAGAUGGUGAAACUCAACCAUGAGUAUCUGUACAAAGUGUUUUUGUUUUUGAAGAAAUGUACCUGUUGUUUUGGUACCUGGUUUGAUAAUGCUGAGAUGGCAGCAGAGAUUUUGUUGAGGUAACUUUUUGUUAUUUGGCCAGCAGCAGGGUCAGUCCUGCAGUAUACACGUGUUUAGUUUGGAAAGGGUAAACGAUACCAGCAAGAGCGUGUGUGUGCAUCAUCCGUUAGAAAGAUGCAGAGAGGGUGGCAGUGAUGAGCUCCCUAAAAAUCAUUCCAUAUGAUUUCCAACUUUUUGUGUAAUAUGUUUUUCUGAAAACUCUUGAUCUGUAUUUCACUGUUUGAUUUUCUUCCCCACUUGACUGUUUUGAUUUGCUAUAUUACUACUUCACAGUAGAUUUGCUAUGUUGUACUUGAGUCAAACAGAUCUUGUAAAUCAUGGUGCUGCAGAUGUUUUCGUUUUAAGUUAUUUAGUUAAAUCCAGUUGUGUUUCCCACAAAUCGGUUGAUUCAACUCGCCAUCUGUAAUUUGGAAUCAAACUUUUGCCAGAAAUGCAUCCUAGUAAUCGUUAAAACCUUUUUGUGCUGGAAUGCAGCGACAGAGUGAGAAGUAAGAAGAAUAUAUAUAUAUAAUUUUUUUUACUCCGUUGUUGGGUUUGUCGUCUCGUUUGAAUCCUGUCGGAUUAUUUUUAUCAAAUGUAUUGAGAAUAUAUUUUUUCUCUCCUUCUGACCAUUCCUUGCAUUCCGUAUGCCACCUAAGAAAACAGGAGGAUGGUUUGAACGGUAUAAAAAAAAAAAGCUGCUGUGUUCUCCUUAUUUGUUGCUGCUUCAAGAAGUCUCACUUUCCACAGAAUGCUGUACCCCCAUUUUAUUAGGGUUCUUACCAACUGAAUACUAAACAAAAAUAUGAAAAUCACAACGCAAAAUUAGUCAUGUGCCAUGACCACAGCAUUGGGACUUUUAAUCAACGUUAAAUGACAUUGCUGAUGCAGGCUGGGAGUUGUAUUACCCUAGUGACAGGAAGAUGGAAAUCGUUCGGACUGGACGUUCUAAUUUGGUUGGGAGUAAAUGUCUUUGGGGUCCCAGGAACCACACUGGUGCUUCAGACAGAGGGACGGGCCAGCUUGACCAGACACUUGACCGUUCUUCUUAUUGCCUCAUCCACAGACGUAAGGUACUCACUUGUUACAUGAAUGUUUGACAGAAGACUUCUGAGAAAUGUCACCCAAAAUUACCAGCACCUUAAGUAAAGAAAUAACCCCUAAAAUGAAACAAAAAUGACAAUGUAUGAACAUGUGUACUUGUAUAAAAUGUGUUAAACUGUAAAAAGAGAAAUCUAGUACACUAAAUUUGCCGCAUGAUAUUUCUUUUCUGGGACUGACCGAUGGUCGGAUUGGGAUGAUUAGGUCUGUUGACAGUCUUUCUUUUUACUCUUCACUUUCGACUCCCAGAGAAACUGGACACUGCAUUUUUGAGGGGGGGGAAUGACGUUUAACUUGUUUUUGUUUUAUUUUUUACACAACAUAGUGGUGACUAUGUGGAUUCCCCCAUCCAAAAGAUAAAAAAGCAGAAGAGAUGUAAUGCAUUUUCAUAAUAAAAUACUGAUGAUAAUGUA